AUGCCGGCGAAACGUCUGGGAAUGUACGAAGUCAAAGGUCUUAUGCUGAAAACCAUCAUGGGUACUAUAGCAGAGGACGCAGGACUAGCUUUUGUUUGGAUAAUUUGGUGGCGUAGCAGCCAACAAGUCAGCUCUAGUCAGACCUCAGCCGGAGUUGUCCACUAUCCGCAAGAGUUAUCAGGCGUUAGCUGUCCGAGUCUGCUUGUCAAACCGGUCUACGCUCAUCAUCAUUUACCGACUACAGAGGGCCCUCCCGAAGGCCUAGUCGAGAUGCCUAGUAAGCUAGCUAAGAGACGGAAGCAGUCGCCACACCAGAAGUGGCGUGUAUGGAACAAGUGUGGACCUCGGGUGAAGAUGCUAUGUAAAUGUGUUUCUUCGACGCCGGCUGGUGCUCUAGUAGGAGCGGUUUGUCUGUUGAGCAGCAUAAUCGUGUUAGCGAUCGGGAUACACUACCAGGUGACCGGUCACAAUAUCCAGAUGCUGCUACAGCCGGACCUUCUGGAG